AUGUGCCGAUCAUCAAAGCCAGACCCAGCCGUGCCCCGUAGAGCUUUCCCCGCCGUCGCCGUCGCCGCCGCAACGGACGUGUGUAUCAGUAACAAUAUAAAAGAUAGAAAACUUGACCAAAUACCCAUUGCACAUCCAGAGGUAGAGUUCAUAAAUGGUGGCCCUCCAUGCCAGGGGUUUUCUGGGAUGAACAGAUUCAAUCAAAGUCCAUGGAGCAAAGUACAGUGUGAGAUGAUCUUAGCAUUCCUGUCCUUUGCGGAGUAUUUCCGUCCUCGGUUUUUCCUCUUAGAAAAUGUCAGGAACUUUGUUUCAUUCAACAAAGGCCAGACCUUCAGACUGACACUAGCAUCACUCCUAGAGAUGGGAUACCAGGUUCGAUUCGGCAUUUUAGAGGCUGGUGCUUUCGGUGUUGCGCAGUCUAGGAAAAGGGCAUUCAUCUGGGCUGCUGCACCUGGGGAGACUCUUCCUGAUUGGCCUGAACCGAUGCACGUCUUCGCUAGCCCCGAGCUGAAAAUCAUCCUACCAGAUGGCAAAUACUAUGCAGCUGCCAUGAGCACAGAUGGAGGAGCUCCAUUCCGCUCAAUGACAGUCAGGGAUACAAUUGGAGAUCUACCACCGGUGGAGAAUGGUGCCAGCAAACCAACAAUACAGUAUGGGAGCGAACCUGUCUCUUGGUUCCAGAAGAAGAUUGGAGGCGCCACACCUUCACUGAGUGACCACAUAGCCAAAGAGAUGAAUGAACUGAACCUCAUCAGGUACAGACACAUCCCAAAGCGCCCAGGCUGUGACUGGAAAGACCACCCAGACGAGAAGGUGAAGCUAUCCACAGGGCAAAUGGUGGAGCUGAUCCCUUGGUGCUUGCCCAACACAGCCAGGAGGCACAACCAGUGGAAAGGCCUGUACGGGAGGCUGGACUGGGAAGGCAACUUCCCCACAUCUGUGACGGAUCCCCAGCCCAUGGGCAAGGUUGGCAUGUGCUUCCACCCAGAUCAGGACAGGAUCAUCACCGUUCACGAAUGUGCCCGUUCUCAGGGCUUCCCUGAUGGCUACCGUUUCGCUGGCAACAUCCAGAGCAAGCACAGGCAGAUUGGGAAUGCUGUGCCACCUCCCCUUGCCUACGCUCUAGGGAGGAAGCUCAAGCAAGCCAUCGACGCCAAGCAUUGA